CGUCACUACCGCACCUGCGCGGCCAUCUUGAGCCCCUCGUAAGCAACGGCCACAGAGAAGCAGAGAAAAAAGGCACUGAAAUACACCAAGCUAACCGGACCAAGCUGGGAUAUGUUCGCUGGAAAUCGAGGAUUUAUGAAACUGUAAAGGUCGAAUACAGAGGAACGAGCAGGAAACGGCAACACCGACGGUUCAACAGUCAUCUUAAGUGCCUCGGAUACCCGGACAUUCAAGUAUUUUCUCGUUUUUUUGCCGGAGUAGGAAGGAAGAGUCGAGUCACCGACAGUCAGAAAAAAAACACACAACCGGAGUGAAACCAUGAAUCCCGAAUAUGAUUAUCUGUUCAAGCUCCUCCUCAUCGGAGACUCUGGAGUAGGGAAGUCGUGUCUUCUGCUGCGUUUCGCAGAUGACACCUACACGGAGAGCUACAUCAGCACCAUCGGCGUGGACUUCAAGAUCCGCACCAUUGAGCUGGACGGCAAAACCAUCAAACUGCAGAUUUGGGACACUGCAGGUCAGGAGAGGUUCCGCACCAUCACCUCCAGUUACUACCGUGGAGCCCACGGCAUCAUAGUCGUAUACGAUGUGACGGAUCAGGAGUCCUAUAACAACGUCAAGCAGUGGCUUCAGGAAAUCGACCGUUACGCCAGCGAAAAUGUCAACAAGCUCCUGGUGGGCAACAAGUGUGACCUGACCACCAAGAAAGUGGUGGACUACACAACAGCGAAGGAGUUUGCCGACUCUUUGGCCAUCCCCUUCCUGGAGACGAGUGCCAAGAACGCCACUAAUGUAGAGCAGGCUUUCAUGACCAUGGCCGCAGAGAUCAAGAAGCGCAUGGGCCCCGGGGCCACCGCCGGCAGCGACAAACCCAACCUAAAAAUCGAGAGCACUCCCGUCAGGCAGUCCGGAGGGGGCUGCUGUUAAAGGACCCCACCCUCCACCUCCACCAUCUCCACACCUGACAUCUACCAUUCUUCUCCUUCUGUGUCACCCCCCCUCCCCACCUCCCACGACCACCAUCACCACCUUCAUCUCUGCCAUUCCCACACCCCCACCAUUCCACCAUGACAACCCUGUAACCCACACCCAGCUCUCUGACCCCUCCUCUCUGCCCGGUCGGCUGAGGCAAACGGAGGACUUGGACUGUUGACGUGCGUUUAGAUCAGAGGAGAGAAUUGGAAGUUUGUGAGGGUUAAUUUGGGCCUGUAACGCUCAUCAAAUCCCAGAGAGAAGAAGAAGAAGACGAGCGGUGAGUGAGUGAGGGAGCGACAAAACCAGACACUGAGGCAACUUCAACUUUCUGCCAGGAGAACAGACAGAAAACAGAGACGGUAGAAGAUUGAUAUUGAUUCAGAGUGGAGUGAAGGCAGAGGAAGAUUUUCCAGAUACCACACGCACAUACAUACAUACUUACAUACGUACACACACUCACACAUGCGAGCACACACACACACACACACGCAAGGCAUAGUGGGAUGGGGUGAGGAAGCCUUUUGGUCAAACUCGUUUUCCCUCACUGUGUCUAUUUUUGCAGAUUUCACCUUAAAGACCGAAUCAUACUUUCCUCGUCCACGAGUCCGUAGAGGUCCACCUGAUGUAAAUGUCAUCUGUCCACAUCCGCGAUAGUCAUGCGUUUUAAAAAAAAUAAGUAAAUAAAUAAAUGAAUGUGACUGCGCAGAGACGGUGCGUGUCGACAACGCGCACCGCCAGGUUGGACGUUUCUGUGGAAUAGACUAGAAUAGAGUAGAAGAUCAGUUUAUGCACGUGUGAAACUCCACAUCACCGGGAACCGUCAUUUUAUUAUGUAUAGAACUGUUAGCAUGUACGCUUAAACAUGCGCGCGCCCGACUCUCCGCGGACUCGGAGCGCGGAAAGUACGCAGAGGCCUUUUAUUCCUCCAGCUCCCCCUAGUGUCCAUUCCCAGCCCCAGACUUUUUAGCUUAUCAAUCGACUUCUCAACCCCACACACACACACACACACAAACACAGCUCUGUACACAGCGUGACGUGCUCACUGCUAACAGUGACUCAUCGUUUUUGCCAUUUACAGUAAAAGUGAUUUUUUGGACGACAGGACCCUCACGCGGAAUCGAACCAGCUGUACAGACUUUAGCUGUAGCCUCGUGUACGAGAGAGUUCCCGCGUUCAGCUCGUUCCUCUGACUGAUCCCACUAUUCAGCAGGAACAGAACCGUCUUAUUUCCCCCUUUAGCCUCCGAGUUUGUGACUAAGAAUUCUUUCUAUGAAGCAGAUUUGUUUUCUUAGUAGUUUUUUUUUUUUUUCCUCUCAAACUGGAACCACAGCUACUCGCGUCUUUUUGUUGACACAGUAUGCAAUGACGCCGUCGCUACAAUUUAAAAACAAAAAAAACCACGCUCUGUCCUCGAGUCGUAGAGCUGCGCCGCGUGGCCAAAAUCUCAAUUAAAAAAAAACCCGUUUAAAAUCGGCCACUAUCGCAAUAACUAGAUGGUUAAAUAUUGACUUUAGUCCUUAGUGAAAGUUGAAGGAGCCAAUUUAUGGUUUUAAAACUAUUUAUAUACAGAAUAAAAGUCACAUGUCUGAGGUAAAAAAAACAUUUAAUAGCAGUUAAUGUGUUGUGUCUCAAAGUGUCUGCACCCGUGCUUAAACUAUCAGUAUAUUUUAGGGCUGCAAUCAACAUAAUUGUAAUGAGUCUGCUUUUCAAAUUGUUUUGUCCAUGAAUGAUCAUCUCUUUGUUUCCUGGAGCAGAGAAACCAGAAAAUAUUUAAAACUGAUUGAUUGUCCGAAAUCGUCUUAUUAUUGCAGCCUUAACACAUAUUGGACCUUUGUAAUAUUGAUAGCCCUCCCACGCCAUGAUUGACAGAUACCAAUAAAAAAAAAAAAAGUGUGACUCGCCUUCAGGACUGAAACGGGACUUUUUUUUUUUAGACUUUUAUUUUUUAAGCAUAACGAGGCUUUUUAGUGCUUAAUCGCUACAGGAAAAAACCACGGUUAAAAUGAUAAACGCAUGAUGAGACAAAAGAUGUGAUCGUACGCGAGACGGCGACAGUUUGACAGAAGUGUUGCAGGAGGUGGAAGAGGAGCGCUGUGGAUGAUCUUUAUGUCGUCAAAGCUUUGCUUUUUCUUCCUCUCAGUUCGCUCUCGCAGGAGCGAUAACGUCACGCGUAGAGAGAGAGAGAGAGAGAGAGAGAGAAAGAAAGAAAUGUGACAAAGUCCUGUAACAUUUAGCACAGUGACCUGCUGGAACGACACUAAUAUUUACAGUCAGAGGGCAGAGACCAUUGAACACACAUGACGUGUAUUCACACAAGUGGUUAUGUGUGUGUGUGUGUGUGUGUGAGUGUGUGAGAAGGGGGCGGGGCUCUGAGUUAGACAUUCUGUCAAAUGAAAACAAUGGGGCAAUAUCCUGCAUUGAUCUUAUAAUAACUGUUUUAUCAUUGUUGUAAUUUUUUUUUUUUUAAAGUCUUGUGUG